AUGGGUGAAGGAGAAAGGACCUUACAAGCUCCAACAUGUGUCUUAAUAAACCCUGAUGGAAAAACGCUUGAUUCGUUUGGAUAUGUAGCAGAGACCAAGUAUGCUGAACUUGCUGCUGAUGAGUUACACAAACCAUGGUUCUUUUUCCGAAGGUUUAAAAUGAUGUUAUUUGAUAAAAUGAAAAUUCAAAGACAAGUUACUCUAGAGGACGAAACAGGAAAGAGAUUGCCAGCAAAAACUGUGUUCUCACUGGCAAUUCAGUUCCUGAAAAACGACCUAUUGAAAGAAUGUCAUAAACAACUCGCUGAUGUCCUGCAAGAAGACGAUAUUCAGUGGGUGCUGACAGUGCCUGCAAUCUGGAACGACGCUGCCAAACAGUUUAUGAGGGAAGCUGCUGAAGAUGCUGGUAUUCUAAAGUCAAAGUUGUUGAUCGCACUUGAACCAGAAGCAGCAUCACUAUUUUGCCGGCAUCUGCAAGUUCAAAAAGGCGAUGAGGAUAUGUCAUUAGCGUCAUUUAAAUCAGGAACUAAAUACAUCGUAGUGGAUGCAGGAGGUGGUACUAUUGACAUUACGGUGCACCAAGUAAUUGUAGACGGAAAACUACGAGAGUUGCACAAGGCCAGUGGUGGAGCUUGGGGAGGUACAGAGGUUGAUAAAGCAUACGAACAGUUCAUUGCAUCAAUUGCGGGAAAAGAAACUUUUCAAGUAUUCAAGGAGGAGCACAUGGAUGACUACAUCGAUUUAUUACGAACGUUCGAGGUAAAGAAACGAGACAUUUCCCCACAACAAUCGACCAAGGUGACAUUUCGUAUUCCACCCUCGCUGGCGGAAACUAUCCUUGAAGCUACGGAUCUUACAAUUAAGGAAAGGAUUUUGUCAUCAGAGUAUCGAGAUCAGGUUUCGUAUCAGAGUGGAAAAUUAAGAGUUGAUGCAGAUGUAACGAGGACGUUCUUUCAAAAGGCAAUUGACAGCAUUAUUCGUCAUAUAUCUUCUUUAAUGCAAAAGCAAUCAGCACGAAACUGCCAGGCGAUUUUAAUGGUGGGAGGAUUUUCUGAGUCAAAUGUACUGCAGGAUGCCAUUAGAAACAAAUUUGGUAGCGGUAUGAAAAUAAUCAUUCCUGAGGGCGCUGGUCUUGCUGUUUUGAAAGGUGCUGUAAUAUUUGGUCAUCGUCCAAGUACAAUUGCAGAAAGAAUAUGCAAAUAUACUUAUGGAGAAGCCCUUUCCCACGAAACAUCAGAAAACUGCAAGCAUCCUCCCACAAUAACCCGUAAUUUUGAAGGAGUGACGUAUUGCAUAAACUUAUUUGCUAAACAUGUUACCGUCGGACAGACUGUAAAGCUAGAAGAAGAACAAAAAGAAAAAUAUUCGUUUCCUGUUAGUGACACUCAGACAGGAAUAUGCUACGACAUAUAUACCUCAGCAUCAGCUGAUCCCAUAUUUGUUACAGAACCAGGUUGCGUUAAAAUCGGCCGAUUUAUAAUACCUAUCUCAGAUACGACACUCGGAAGAAAACGAAAAUUUGGAUGCAAAUUUAUUUUUGGUGGGACAGAAGUAGCGGUUAAAGUUGAAGAUAAAGCAACAGGGGAAGUUCAUAUUCAGACAGUGGACUUUUUGGAAUGA